AUUUCUCAUUUUCUUUAUUUUAUGGGUCAAUUUCUCCAUUGGAGAGUCUCCAAUUUUGACCAGCAAAAGGUCUAUAUAGCGAGUUCAUAUGCACCUGUGGUGAUAUCUUCAUUUCUCUUCAACACCCAUUUCAUUUGAUCGCCUCCAUCACAACCCCAGAUCUCUAUUUUCUUCGGAUUUGCCUCUUUCUUUCUCGAUCCAGAGGAAAUUUUCAGGUAAAAGCAUGGCUGCUCCUGCAAAACCUACAAGGAUUGGCCUUGCUGGUCUGGCUGUUAUGGGUCAAAACCUGGCUCUAAACAUUGCAGAAAAAGGCUUCCCUAUUUCAGUAUAUAACCGAACAAGCUCCAAAGUAGAUGAAACAGUUGAACGAGCUAAAGCAGAAGGAGAUCUUCCUCUCUAUGGUUUCCAUGAUCCUGAAUCCUUUGUUCAAUCCAUUCAAAAACCUCGUGUCAUAAUCAUGCUUGUCAAGGCCGGGGCACCCGUUGAUCAAACCAUUAAAACCCUCUCUGUUUACUUGGAGAAAGGUGACUGUAUAAUUGAUGGUGGUAAUGAAUGGUAUGAGAACACUGAGAGAAGAGAGAAAUCCAUGGCUGAGUUAGGCCUGCUCUACCUUGGAAUGGGAGUUUCAGGGGGUGAAGAAGGUGCUAGGAAUGGUCCUUCCUUGAUGCCUGGUGGAUCUUUUGAAGCCUUCAAGCACAUUGAGGACAUUCUUAUUAAGGUUGCAGCCCAAGUUCCCGAUAGCGGUCCCUGUGUAACGUACAUCGGCAAAGGUGGAUCGGGUAACUUCGUCAAGAUGAUCCACAAUGGCAUAGAAUAUGGUGAUAUGCAGCUGAUUGCAGAGGCAUAUGAUGUUUUGAGAACUGUGGGGAAGUUGUCAAAUGAAGAACUUCACCAAGUUUUCUCAGAAUGGAACAAGGGCGAGCUGCUAAGUUUCUUGAUUGAGAUCACUGCAGACAUUUUCAGUAUCAAGGAUGACAAAGCCGAUGGCUACUUAGUCGACAAGGUUUUGGACAAGACGGGUAUGAAGGGUACUGGUAAAUGGACUGUCCAGCAAGCUGCUGACCUCUCAGUUGCAGCCCCUACCAUUGCUUCUUCUCUUGAUGCAAGGUUCCUAAGUGGUUUGAAAGAAGAGAGAGUAGAAGCAGCAAAAGUUUUUGGAUCAGGUCUUAGCAAUGUUGAGGUUGAUAAAGCGAAGUUGAUCGACGAUGUGAGACAAGCUCUUUAUGCAUCCAAAAUAUGCAGCUAUGCUCAAGGCAUGAAUCUGAUCCGUGCCAAGAGUAUUGAGAAGGGAUGGGAUUUGAAGUUGGGGGAACUUGCUCGAAUUUGGAAGGGAGGUUGUAUUAUCCGAGCCGUGUUUCUCGACCGAAUCAAGAGGGCCUAUGACCGAAAUCCUGAGCUAGCUAAUCUCCUUGUGGAUCCAGAGUUCGCAAAGGAAAUCGUUGAACGACAGUCAGCUUGGCGAAGAGUUGUAUGUCUGGCCAUCAACUCGGGUAUCAGCACCCCAGGAAUGUCGUCCAGUCUCGCUUACUUCGAUAGCUACCGGAGGGAGAGAUUGCCUGCAAACUUGGUCCAAGCUCAAAGAGACUACUUUGGUGCUCAUACGUAUGAAAGAACCGAUACCGAAGGAUCGUUCCAUACUGAAUGGUUCAAGAUCGCGAAACAACUCAAGAAUUGAACGUAUUCGUUACCAUAAUCCCGCAUGUAAGAACACUUUUUAUUUACAAUAAUCUCAGCUCUGAACUAUUGUUGAUCAGAGCUCAUGUCAUAUGUGUUUUGGUGCCAAUUUAUUGUUUGAGUUUCUAGUUUGAAUGUGAUGUCCGAUAAGGUAAGAGUUUCCAUUUGAA